AUGUUCAAGGGAAUUCUUCCGGGCAGGAGAAUGCCUUCCAUGGAAUUCACAAUGGUCACUCCCCUCGGUGACAGCGCACCGAAUGGCAAAGAAAACCAACCCAACAUCCAGUCGCUGUCGCUCGCACAAAACAAGAUGAAGGCAGGCAAGAGCAUUUUCUUGGACAAGUCGAAGAUCAAAAAGGGCAACACAUCCCCCGCAGAGUCUGGGGAGAUGAACCAGGCCUUUGAUCGACUGCUUGACGACUUGCAAAUUCCGUCUACACUGAGGCCCAAACUUGCAAGCAUGGAAUCAUCCGUCAAGGCCGCCAUGCUCAAGUCCUCACAAGUCCUCGCCCUGGGGGUCGCACCUGCGUCGCCUCCGCCCACGCCACGAAGUAUGCGCCGAGUGCAUAGCGGAAGCUCCCUUUCCAUCGAGUCACCGCGGCCGCAGCGCGCCUCCAUCGAUCGAUAUCAGACUGCAGGGCAUGCCCACGGCGCAGCACUGUUCGAUGCCGUGGGCUCGCAGACCCACCAUGCCCGCGGCAUGUCAUUCGACAUGCCAAGACCCAAGUCGCGCGCACAGGGGAAUACCGUCUUCCUAGACAACGUAGUCGCAAGCAAAUCCGCGAAAGACAAGAGCACAAUCAAGGUCAUGUCGUCUGUGCAGUUCGUCAGCAUCUUGACAGGGUCGUCGAGCAUUCAGUUGGAUGUCGAUAUCAUCAAAAAGCUGCGCUUGCUUCUGAGAAAUGAAUCCGCGAGUUGGUCGCAGGACUUUCUCAAAUUGGGUGGUUACUCGGCUCUUCUGACACGUCUCAACGAGAUCCUCGAGGUCGAAUGGCGAGAAGAGCAACAUGAUGACAAGAUUCUGCAUGAGUUGUUACGGUGCCUCAAAGCCUUGUCGACAUCAUCUAUCGGCUGCUUCGCCCUUCGCAGCUCCUGCCCGACGCCCUUCGUGCAGCUUGUGUCGCUUCUCUACUCCGACAAAAAGCCUGGCGAUGUUGCGACGCGUCAACUGAUCGUCGAUCUUUUGCUCGUCCUCUUUGAGCUCUACCCGCCAACUGCGCUGCCCUCCGUCGGCUCGUUGUCGCGCCGAGAUACCUGGGAUCGAAGCGCUUCCGAAAUGCAGCCGGGUCAAGCCAUCUCUCUUCCUCACCCUCACAAGACACUCUUUUCACUCCUCCGCGCGAUCUUGCUCACGCCUGCGCCGCCUUCGGCCGAGGCCCCGGCGGUACCAGUUUCUCCUCACGAAUUCAUUGACGCGCUUCAUCGGCCACGGAUCUACAAAACAUACCUCCAGGAACUCUCGGACAUCUGCCGGGAUUACUUCUGGGUAUUCUGUCAUCCGAACAACGCGCUAUGGAACCUGGCAGACACAGAUGAGGCCAAGGUUGAGAAGCCUCGGGCGCCUGGUGGUAUGACGGGCGGCGUGGAGUUUGAAGCUAUGGGCUACCUGACUACUCACUUCAGACUCAUCAAUGCUCUCGCUAAGGCCGCGAUUGAUCUUGAUCUACCAAUGGAGCACGCGUUAUCAGCAUAUCAGUUCCACGUAGAUCUCUUCCUCUCCGGACUAGAGCGCAUUGUUCUGAUCGCGCGUAAAGCAUCCGCAACAUACUAUCCCACCCUUCACCUCGAACUUUCACGCUACAUCGCGCUUGCGGCAGAAGCGCACUUCGAGCUUCCUUGGACCGUCUCUCGCCUUAUCGGCCCCCCGCCAUCCGCGAUGUGCAAGCGGUCUGCGCAUGGGAGCCCGCGCUCCCCGACAAAGAGGAGCGGUGCACCCGCAGCGCCUGUCCUCCCCUCCCCUCGGCGUAUGGACCCGAUAAAGUUCGAUUGA